AUGCCUCACUUCAAAUUAGAGCCACAGUACUCAUCAUCCUGGAGCCAACGUAUUUGUGACCGAUUCCGACCCAGGAAAGGAACAUACGAGGUCUCUCACCUAAAAUCCUAUGAUAGAGAAACAGCGAGCCACUUGGAUACACCCGUGCCAGGAGAUAUAGAGCUUCAGGUGCCAAUCGAGCCCCUGAAGCUUGGAUGUCAACAAAACCAAGGGUGUCGACUACUGCAACUUCCACCAGAGCUACUGAUUCACAUCAUGUGCUUUGUAUCUCAUAGCUCGAGGUACAUGAUGAGCCAGACAUGUCAGGUCCUACGCAAAUUAGACAAUGAUCUUACGUUUGGCAGUUUCUAUCGGGAGAACCUGCAGUUGGAAGAUGAGCAUUACCGCAUGAUCGAAGUCAUGUGUGAUGAAGUCCGCCUGGUCAAGAGAAUCCUUCUACGAAGGUCACUAGACUUUGGCAACCUAUCCGUUGCGCUGGAUGCAAUCGAAACCACCCAGAACUUCUUUUCCCGCAAGAUACCAAAGGAGGCAAUAUCUGCGUGGGGCUGCUGGGCCAAUUCGACCUUUGCGAGCAUGUCAAAGUCUCAGCAAAGCUGCAAACGAAUUGUUGGAAAGGAGCUGAGAAAUUACCAAACGUCACGGGCUGUCACCCGUGGAUGCGCACGUCCUACUCAAAAGGCAUACAAGCAAUUAAGUGUUCUAAAUCUUUUCCAAUGGUCAAGAUCAACCAACGACAGUUUCCAGGAAUGGCAGUUUCUGAUGCUCUCGGAGAACACCGGCCCAGACAGCUUUGGGUGGCUUUCCAACCUCACAUUCGAUACGGACGAGCAUCCUAUCUUCAACGACAACACCAAGGGGGUGCUUUGGUGCGAUGAUCCGUCAUGUGGCACAGGCUGCGGAACCCGCUGGCUUUUGAUGGUGGAGAUACUGAAAAGAACACCACUGCGAAAUCACGGGCGAUAUCGCCAAGUUCCUUGGCGGGAUAGGAAAUCUGCGCUGAAGUUGCCAUUUACACUGGAAUAUAAAGUGUUUCAGGAGGCUGCACAAUGGCCGACUCCCGAAGACAUGCUCUACAUGGACCUUGCGCGUCCAAUUUCCGAUUGA